AUGUUUACUGCAAAAAAACUACUUUGGGUGCUAAAAGAACAUGGACAGUCUUGGGAUGGCGCUUAUUUUCGUGACACUAUCCUUCGACAACAGGUGAUCCCAUUUCUUCGUGAUUCGUCCAAUGUUCUCGAUACGAACGAAGUGAUAUUUCUUCACGACAAGGCACCUUGUAUGAAAGCGAAUGCAACACAACAUCUUUUAGAAGAUGAGAAUGUGAAUUUCUGGGGAAAUUCAAUUUGGCCAGGCAAUAGUCCUGACAUGAAUCCUGCAGAAAAUAUUGGUGCAAUUAUUAAAGAUAAAGUUGAGAAACUAAUGGCAAAUGAAGAUCGUCGUAGCAGAUACAAUUACGAUGCACUGAAAACGAAUUUGGAGAAUACGCUCAAAGAUCUUGAAAAUGAUACAGAUCUUUUUAUUGACUUGUUAUGCUCGAUGCGAAAAAGAUUUGAUGCUCUCAAGGCUGCUGAUGGGGGUCAUACGAAGUUCUGA